CCCUUCUGUGAUACAAUGAGCCACCUGGUGGACACAUUGAGCUACUGCAGACGUCUUUACAGACAGGCAUCUUGACAGACAGCAAUUGGGGUCCUCUUCUAAAUUUGAAAGGAAGCUACAUGAGCUACAUCCAUGCUAAUACAAACACUCACUUAUCCUAUUUUUUGGUUAAGGAGAUGGAUGUUUAUCCCGGAGUCACUGACGGCGAUCCUGCAAAACACCAAGAAAGACAUUACUACCUGUUAUCUGAACUGCAAACCUUAGUUAAAGAUUUACCAAGCUCCUUCCAGCAGCGGCUGUCCUACAGCACGCUGGGUGACCUGGCUCUGGCUCUCAUCGAUGGGACGGUCUAUGAGAUUGUUCAGGGGCUGCUGGAUAUUCAGCACCUUACAGAGAAAAAUCUGUACACCCAGAGGCAAAAGCUGCACAGUGAACGCCAAGCAUUCAAACAAGACCUUCUACGAAAACACAAGGAUGCUCUGCAGACAUGCAAGUCUCACAACCUCACGCUUCUGAAAUCUAACCAGCAAGCAGAGCUAGAGGCUCUGGAAAUUCGGGUGCGAGAGGAACAACGGGUGAUGGAUAAAAAGAUUGUAGCAGAAAUGGAUCAGAAAGUGAUAGACCAGCAGAACACCUUGGAGAAGGCGGGAGUCCCUGGAUUUUUUAUCACCACCAAUCCUCAGGAGCUGACAAUGCAGAUGAAUCUACUUGAAUUGAUCCUCAAGCUUCAACAAAAGGAGUCACAAUAUUGAAUCCCUUGAAAAAGAGGCCUAAUUUUGCCAAAAGAGGUGGCUGAAAAUUUCAUGCAAAGGCCACUGACUACAUAUGCUCACAGUCCAGUGAGAUUUAACAAUGGUCGACAAAUUGCAUUGUGCUCUUUAACAACAUGUUUAUCACUUGUUGUUAUAAGGGUUGUAAUCACCAUCAGAACCUGUAGAAGACGACUGGUUCUCGAGGGUGAGAUGAUUGCAGACCUGGGAAGAGAGCAGUAGCAGGUGGUGAAGAACAUCAAAUUGUUAAGCACUUAUCUGCCAUGUCACACAUCGUGAAAUUAGGAAGUUGAUGUGUUCCAAUUCCUUUACAGACCUAGUGUAUACAUAUUCAAGCCAAAUGUUGAUGAAGCAGAUUGCCAGAAAUGAUAUAGUUGAGCAUCAAUGUGUAACUUAAGGACACAGAAAUUGCGGCACCUGGGAUAAUUGAUUUGACCUUUCAACAGUGAAACGCUCCAUAAGGGCCGGAUGAUACCUUUGUAUCAAGUGACAGUGUUUUGAACACUUUAUUGUUUAUUUAUUUGAACAGUAUUGUAAUACAGUUCCUUCAUUUUGUUUCUGAUAUUUUUGCAAUUUUGCUACCUUAUUUCACAUAAUAUAUUUGUUUUAAUGUUUCUCUUUUUUAAGUUGCGUUGUUACUAGGGUGAGUUAACCCCCUUCUUAUUUAUAUAGAUUUUUUUAAGGUCAGUGUUGGCUAAUGUUUUCAACGAUGAACAAUUGAAUUCAUGAUAUGAUGUGUUUAUGAACAAGAACAGUAUGGAUGGUAUCAGUAAACACAUGUAAGUGUUUAUUUGUCCUUACUUAAGUAUUUUUUCAUAAAACACAUAUUUUAAAAGUCA